AUGGAGAAAUUCCUUCGCUCCUGGCGGCAGGAUGCGUUGAACCGUGGCCAGCAUGAUGCGGCAGUCUACAUCGGUGACAAAGUGCUCGCGUUAACUAGUCGCGACUCGGAUGCCUUUUGGUUGGCUCAAGUACAUUUCUCGAAUAACAACUUCACCCGAGCUUUGGCUCUCCUAUCACGGAAGGAUUUGAUCCCCAGAAGUACCGCCUGUCGCUACUUGGCCGCGCAUUGUUAUAUAAAGCAAAACCAGUUUGAACAAGCUCUAUCAAUACUCGGCGACCACAACCCGACUCAUCUGAUCCGCAGCAACAAUAAUAGUAACAGCCGUCGCAAGCUGCAGCAUCUAAAUAGCCAAAGCCAUGUCACUUUACGCAACGGAAAAACCACCGCUUCGCGGAUCGAUCGCGGCGAAGAGCGAGAGCGGGAGGAUGCAAGUAACAUUCGUUUUGAGGCCGCAAUGUGCUAUUUGAGAGGGCUUUGCUUUGCCAAACAGAAUGCGUUUGAUCGCGCUCGUGAUUGCUACAAGGAUGCUGUGCGCAUUGAUGUCCAAUGCUUCGAGGCGUUCGAUCAAUUGAUGAAGAACUCGCUAAUGUCACCUGCGGAGGAGCUCGAAUUUUUGGAAUCACUUGACUUUGACUCUAUCUCGAGUCCGGACCCAUCUGUGUCUCAGGAAGCCGCUCAUUUCACGAAGAUGCUCUAUACCACCCGACUAUCAAAAUACUCGUCCCCUGCAAUUCUUUCCGACGCAACCGAAACACUGUCCACGCACUACAACCUCUCCGAGAAUCCGGAUAUACUGCUUUCACGCGCAGAGGCCCUGUAUACCCAAUGCCGCUUCGCAGAAGCGCUAGAGCUGACUUCGUCGAUUUUGUCGACCUCCCAGUCGUCCACGGCGCUAACAGCGACGACAGCCUCCAUUCCAGCCCAGAACCAUCUGGGUCAUGCGCCUGCCGUGUAUCCCUUACAUCUGGCAUGCUUAUAUGAAACUGGCGCCACCAAUGCGCUAUUCCUUCUCUCUCACACGUUGGCGGAUCAUGCUCCAGAAGAGUCUUAUACCUACCUAGCCAUUGGUGUCUACUAUCUAUCUGUUUCUAAAGUAGCGGAAGCCCGACGAUUUUUCUCGAAGGCAUCUCUGCUAGAUCCUCAUUCAGCGCCAGCAUGGAUUGGCUUUGCUCACACCUUCGCUGCUGAAGGAGAGCAUGAUCAAGCUAUCGCGGCUUAUAGUACGGCGGCCCGACUCUUCCAGGGAAGUCAUUUGCCGCAACUGUUUCUCGGCAUGCAGCAUUUAGCCUUGAAUAACAUGUCGCUCGCCCACGAAUACUUGUCCGCAGCCUAUGCAAUGUCGACGGGCGCAACGUCUGGCUCGGUUCCCGCUCUCCCUCCUACCCCAUCCACUGGAGCGUCCUCCCUGGGCGGCGAUCCGUUGGUACUCAAUGAGUUGGGUGUUGUACUCUACCAUCAAAAUCAUCUUGAACCAGCCGUAAAAUUAUUCCGCCAAGCUCUCAGCCUGGCCGCCUCUCUCAACUGUGAACCAGGAGCAUGGGUAGCCACACGGGCGAACUUGGGCCAUGCUCUGCGUCGCAUUGGACGCUUUACAGAGGCACUAGUUGAGUUUGAUGAAUGUCUUCGUAUCGGUGCUGCAGGUGCUAGCUUCGGGUAUACCCCAUUCUUAGGAGGAAGUGGAGGCAAUGCUUCUGGUGCGGCGUCGUCCGGUGUUGGAGGCUACGAGGACCGCGGCUUGAUUGGCUCACUCCAUACAGCUCGUGGCCUUGUUCUACUCGAACUAAGCCGGACGGUGGAGGCUGUCACCGCUCUCCACGAAGCGGUUCGUGUCUUGGGGGCUAGUGGAGGUGGAGACGCUGCUGCUGGUGCCGGUGUUGCGGGAACACUACUCUCUCGAGCCCUGGAGAUCUGGGCCCUGGAGGGUAACGAGGCUGAGCCGAUGCUGUCCGAAGAAGUCUCACGAGCAGGAAGCGGCAGCCGAAGUUCUAACCGGUCGUCGCGUGACAAAGGAAAGGGCAAAGUUGCCAGGCGACGCGCUAUUCCAGAAGAGCCGUAUUCUGAAGAGUGGACGGAUGAGGUUGCACAGGUCGAUUCUCACAACUUGAGAGGCGGCUCUGAGACACUGGAGGACAAGGUGGAGAUGGAAUUGGACGAUGAGGCCGAUGGACUUCUGCGCCAAGCGAUGAGCCGCGUCCGAGGUGGUCGAAGCAGACGACGACCUAUGUUAAGUCCCGAGGUGGAGGCUAGUGAUACGCCUGAACCUGCUGCGGGUCGUCGGCGAGGGUCGAGAACGUUGAGAACUAACGCUAGACAAUGA